CUUGCUUGCUAUUGCUGUGCCCCCUCCCAGUUCCGCCUUCACGGUGUGCACUAAACCGCCAUAGUGGAAAGUACAAUUUGAUCCGUUUGGCAGCAUUUUGCCGUUUGAACUUGGCUACCCCUCAGAGGCUUGCACAUAUUUUGUUAUUGCAUUCCCUGCUUUGCAUAUCGGCGCAUUGUAAACCUGCACCAGACUUUUAUUUUAACCUAAAUUGGAAGUUGUAAGAGUGGUGUAGCGCUGUGGUGCACUGCUAGCUAGUGGCCCAUGUAGCAUGACAGAAAACAACCGUUUACGCCAUGACUGCAAUAAUUGUAUCAUAAGUAAUGCAACGCACACAUUAAUUGAACCCGGAGGAUGCAAAUAGGCAGUGAUUCUGAUGAAAUUAUGUUGAGAUUUUGAGUAAAGUGCCUCCGGACUGACAUAUUUCUGAAUGCGCUUUGGUUUAUGACGUCCCACUCCUGGCUAUAAACCCAAACAGGCUUAAUUCAUUUUAGCACAAAUGUAAGAUUGAAGAUUAUUCUGGUGGCUGACUGCCCCGUUAUUUUUUUUUGAAUGGAACUAGGCAGGCUCUGCUGUCACAAUUGGGGAUGACUACUCAGUUUGGCUUCUGUGGAAUGUCUGUCAUCCUGCCUUCUUGCACACUCACAGCCCUACUUCCAGCUCCAACUCUGUGCUUUUUUUAUUGCUCAACCUUUGGCCUUUCUGGGCUUUUUUGUGUACCUUUUCACAUAUCAUGGAGCCGUAUAGCCUUGUUUGGAGAAACGAGGUACUACAAGGUACUAUUUCCAGUUUGGCUCCUCCGCGGUUUCGGAUCGGUGAUCAGGAGUUUGAGGCCCUGCCGUCCCUGCUUGAGUUCUACAAGAUCCACUACCUGGACACCACUACCCUCAUAGAGCCCAUCAGCAAAUCCAAGAACUCUGCAUUUGUCAGCGCCUCCUCUGCCGGUGCCCCCCAGCAGCCCGAGGAGGCGGAGUUUGUCCGGGCGCUCUUUGACUUCCUGGGCAAUGAUGAGGAGGACCUGCCCUUCCGCAAGGGCGACAUCCUGCGCGUGCUGGAAAAGCCCGAGGAGCAGUGGUGGAAUGCCGCCAACCAGGAGGGGCGCGCCGGGAUGAUUCCUGUACCCUAUGUGGAGAAGUACCGGCCCUCCUCGCCCACCGCCGGCGGCGGCCUGGGCGCCCCUGUUGUGGGCACUGGACAAGGGGGGCACGUCGGUGUUGCGCUGGCUAGUGCGGACGGAACGGGGGCCCCUCAGGGCAAUGCACUGGGUGACCCAGGCCAGUACGCUCAGCCGGUGGUCAACACCCAGCUUCCCAACCUACAGAAUGGGCCUGUCUACGCCCGGGCCGUUCAGAAAAGGGUGCCCAACGCCUACGACAAGACGGCGCUUGCACUCGAGGUCGGAGACAUGGUGAAAGUGACCAAGAUCAAUGUAAACGGCCAGUGGGAGGGCGAGUGCAAGGGCAAGCGAGGCCACUUCCCUUUCACUCACGUCCGACUGUUGGAGCAACACCACCCGGAUGACGAGAGCUGAGAUACGCUUUCAUGUGUCACCUUCCACCUCGUUUUCGCUCAUUUUUGCGGUGAAGGGGGGAAAAAACAAACACACACACACACAAAACUACAAAGAGAGUUAAACAGGUCCCGGACCCCCUUAGGGCCGAGGUAAAGGCAUGUCGGAUGAGAUAAGCUUAAAUUAAAAUGCCUUCUCUUCAGAUGGACGCUGGACUUGAGCUUUUCCAGAACAGAAACCAUGAAAGUAAUCAAGUCAGUCAAACCCAAAUGAGACAAUAACAUUCAGUUUUUGUACAUGCCUUUAAUGAUAAGGUAUAUAGAUGACUUUCUUAGGUUGCUUAUUAUGAUUGGGAUUGCAAGUGCCCAUCUUUUAUCAGGUGAAAACAGCAACAGAAGUCUCACCCUGUUUUAUUGUUUAAAAUCCCUCAUUACAUGUGCUCGACAUUAAACCAAAAGUGAACGUUUACACCUGUGGCUUACGGGUGGGCAACAUUAAACUGCUAAAGGGGCCCAGACAUGAUUCAUCAACUUUGCUUAAAUAUGUUAUAAAUAGUUUGUAAUUAUCUUCUACAUUGUUCGAUUUUUGAAAGCAAACGGUAAAUUAGCAAAAAAAAUACAUUUAUAGUUCAUGGUGCCACCCAUGACGAGCUAGCUCUGGCAGUUCAGGCUCAUUUCCGGAAGUGACGCCAUCGGAGUACUACCACUCUGGUACAAAAAACAUGGCGGUGUACGAGACGGAGGAUGUCUACGGUGAUUAUAGCGAAUAUUAGAGCGAUGUGUCAAUAUUUUGAGGAGAAAAAGAAGAAACGUUUGGAGAUGAAAUAGAGACCUUGCAUAACAUGGACUUAAGCCUCAAGACAUGGAGAUGAAGAUUGGACGUCUUCAAAACAAAGAAUGGUUAGUAUAAAUUACUCUGGAGUUGCUUAUCCUUCAAUUACUGUUUUAAAUUGGCAUCUUAAUGAGCGCAAAGGGGUCUUUAUAGCCUCUUUUGUUUUAUAUUUCCCAGCUGUCGCCGGCCCCGCCGUCACCAUAUCACUGUGAAAAAGACGUUUCUAUAACCUGUAUAAUACUUUGCAGACCUGUUACUAUCGUGGAAUAGUGUUUAGAAGACAUUAUGUAAAAAAAGACAUGACUUACUGUUGUGUGGCAAAUUUGACGUCGUUCUUGCCUGGUUGUUUUACUGUGUACCAGCAGAAUAGCAUUCUUUUUCAGAAUGUGUGUAUGCCGUACUUUCAAGCCAAAUGCUUCUUGUAAAGGUAUUCCUUCGAAGCAGUCAUCAGUGACAUGAUGACUGCAAAAAACUGAACUAGAGGCGGGCUUCCAUCUGUCUCUCGUUCUCUGCACUUAAUCGUCCAUUGUUUUCGUAAACCUGCCUCUUUUGGAAAACAAAACAAAACGUAAAGUAUCACUCGGUUACUGUGAACAUCCAGCAGCAACACGUUUUGGCAUGACUACUAUUUUGAUGAAAAAUAUGCUAAACCCCGUUGCUGAUCUACCUCGAGAAGCGUUUGUUUACUCUGCUUUAGCUGAGAGGUGUCACCCCAAUGACGUCACUUCCGGAAUGAGCCUGAACUGCAAAAGCUGGUUCAUCACGGGUGGCGCCUUCAACUGUAAAUGUUUUGCGAAUUUACCGUUCACUCUAAAAAAUCGAACAAUGUACAAGAUAAUUAGAAACAAUAUAUAACAUAUUUAAGCAAAGUUGACGAAUCAUGUCACGGACACUGUUAAGUCUUUUUCGCGUCCGAAUGGGCCGAAAGCGAGACCUCAGUAGACUACAACCUCAGUUUACUUUACAAGUUUGGUGAUCCCAGAUUUGACAGGGCCAAAUGAUAAAACCCUGACAUGCUACAUUUUGUUUUGUUACCGUACCAUACUCGGCCCAUUAUGUCGUUCCGGUGUGAAACAGAGAAAUAGCGUUUUAAGAAACAAACAAAAGUGUAUUCUCUUAAGUGCCACUGCAUUUUCAGAUCAUUCUUUCCGCUCGUUUUAUUGUCAUUCAAGAGUAGCUAACUUCACAGGAACUCAAAAAAAGUAAAGACUUUUGCUUUGCAAACGGUUUUAAAAUUGGUGAAGUUUGUUUCUGUGGUUUUAUUGCAGCGGGAACUGGGCUGUUGGCGUGUCUGGCAUUGCGGGAGUUGAAACAUUUGCAUAGGACUACAACUGACCAGCCAGACAGUGUUGCUUGAAAAUCUUACCGUAUUUUAUUUAAGUGAAUGUUGAGCCAAAUGUAUCCCAUUGCACCUUUUUUACUGUCCAAUCUGCUCGGUGCCAAUCACCAAAAAUGAUGAUGAUCAUUAUUAUUAAGGAUUCUGGUGAACUAAUGCUCUAUUUCUAUUACCUUGAACCACACCUGAUGGACGUACAGUAUAUUACAGUAUAUAUCCAUCUUUCUCAACACAUGGAUUCAUGCCCAUUACUCAACAUUUCAUUGUACUCUAAGUUGGGAGUAUUUGUUUGAAGGAGUAUUAGGGCCACACUGGACGGAAAGGAAAUGAGAAUCAGUGGGGAAAAUCCCAUUGUGGCGAGUAUAAAAUUGUGAGUACAGGAACAAUUUUACGUGAAGAAAGCCAUAUUGUUGCACAACGUUAAAGUUGCAGUUUUAUUAGGUAAAAAGACGUAAUGUCUGAAUAAAUGAAUAAAAUCGUAAUUUUGAAAAAAAAGAUUGAUUUUGCACUUUUAUUUUCAAAAUGUAACGUUUUUUAAUGCUAAUUUUAUGACUUGUGUUAUAAAAAUAAAAACAUUAGUAGUAAUACAUUUCCAUUCAAAGAAAUUUGUCAUAAUAUGAUGAUAAUUGAAUAUAAUUGUCAGUUUAUGAGGAUAUGAGCUACUAUUGUGACAAUAGUCUGAAUUUUUGUUGUACUGUGUGAAAAUAGUUGUAACUUUAUGAGGAAAAACGUAUUGUGUGAGUGAAGUCUUUAUUUUAGAGGAAACUGCAUAAUUGGUAAUUAUCUUAGUGCAGGCGUGUCCAAGCUUUUUCCAGCGAGGGCCACAUAGUGAACAAUGAAAGAAUGCAACUUGGACACUUUGAUAUUUUGUAAAGCAACACAUGUAGAUAUGCUAAGAAGUUAUAUGGAUUUCCAGAAAAACUGCAUUUCAGCUUUGUCAUAUACUGGAAAAAGCCCAUUAGUAUCAAAUGUGCCCCCCCUCUCCCAUUUUUGCUGUUUAAAAAAAAAAAAUAAAUUUCAAUAUUCAUUUCCUAAAUAAUCUUUGUAAAUUUUGUUCCCAUAGUAUAAGAACUUUUUCCCCAACCUAAUUUUUCAAAAAUGGCAAAUUAUUUUGUUUGUGUCUUAUAUAACGACUUAAAAAAAAUAGCAUUUAGAAAAAAUAUAUAUUUCAGCUGUAUGCUACUAAAAUGACAUUGUUUUUCCAGUUUUAUCAGUUCAUCUUGUUAUAAGACGUCUCGUUUUCUCUUUAAUAUUUUGACUUUAUUCUCAAUAUUUUGACUUUAUCCUCGCAAAAUUACAGCUGUUUGUUCCAUUUCUGCUGUUAUUUUUUUGCCAACUAUUUAUACUUUCUUCUUGUAAAUUUUCUUCUCGUAAUAUUAUGACUUUAUUCCCACAAUGUAACGUUUUCCUCAACCAAAUUUUCCGAAAAUUACAACUUUAUUUAGUUUUGUGUCUCAUAAUAUUACCACUUAAAAAAAAAGUUUUUCUUUAAUACUUCAACUAUAUGAUACUAAAAUUACCUCAUAAUAUUAUGCCCUUAUUCUCAUAAAAUUCUGAUUAGGUCUGUCAUGAUAAUUGAAUGAUUAAAAAAAUAAAAUAAAAUAAAAUUUGCUUGCCUCGAUAAAUUGACAUGUGCGUGCAUGUUUUUGUUCUCUUUACCGCAAAGGCUGGAUGACAAGACUGUUCACUCUACACAUUGUUGAAGUUUUUAUGAAGAUAUUGACGUAUAUGUUGAAGAUAUUUGUCUCCGUCGCUGUUAAUUUCACAUUGGCAUUUGGAUAUUCGGCUCCGUAGUAACAGCGGUAGUUCCUCCUCGCUGUGCCCGGACUGCUCUCUAUGGUGCGGGGAGCUCGCACAGGAGGAUAUAGUUGUGGAUAUAUUUCCCCAGUGGACCGCUCAUUCACAGGCUGGAUGAGUUGUGCUUUCGUGCUUGUUAAUGUAACCCAGCGUUUUUAGUUGGCCGCUGACUUUGUGCAAGUUGUGACAACAGCCACGACUUUAAGAAACACUCGAUAGCUGUCUCACUUAGCCAUAGUCGAAACACAUUUUCAACACGCAUCACUUCACACUUCUGGCCUUCAAAAUAAGAGCGGCACAUAUCCUGUCUAAUAGUGGUAAUAAAAUAAGUGCCAUAAAAAUAGCUUACAUUAAUUAAGCUAUUACAAUUGUAUCUGCAAUUUUAUUUAAAAGCUCUUGACAUUCCAAUUACAAUGUUAAAUACUCGAGAAAUUAAAGUUUAUUGCUUUUGAUAUAAUGUACAGUCUUCCCAUGUGUCCAUGAAGUAGCCAACUUAAUUUUUUUUUACAAUGAUUAUAGAUGUUUAAAGGCUGUAAAACCCCUCACCAUACACUUUAUACACUUUUCUCAGACAGGCAUAAACAUUUUCUCACAUUUCUCUCGUUUAAACACUCAAAGUUGAAACCUUUUUUUUUUAAUUUUAAUGAUCAACCCACGAGGUUGGACACAGGAAGUUAUUCAGUGACUCACCCGUAUUUCAAUCCUGUCUCUUCCUCCUAGCGCCGCUCCGCUGAAGCGUUUUUGUAUCCUUGUUAAAACAUUGCUGCAGUACUCCUCCUCCUCUUCAAACCGAAGAUUCGUUUAUUCCGUAUUGGCGCCCUACAGCCGCGUAACUUCUACCUUCCUUCAGCGUGUCCACAAGUCCAACUGUUUUUGCUGUGGUUGGCGUCCUCUGCCUUUUGGGUACAGGACGUUUUGUCGACUUUGCGGGUUUUGUCGGGGAGAAAACUUGCAAGUCACACUGCAAGACAAGCUGUUUGGUAGCGAUAAACACAACAGGAGACACGGCCGUGCGGGCCAGCAUGUAGGAGAUUGAUUGACUAUGUUCUACAGCUAAUCAGGUUGCAAAGAGCAAUGGGUGUUUAUGUGCUGUAAAAAAAGAAAGCACUAAAAUUGCACUAAAAACCCGCGAAACUGCGAGACCGCGAAAGUUGAACCGCGAUUGAGCGAGGGAACACUGUACUUGUAUUAUUUUGCCAAACAAUUUAUGAAAAAAUUGACUCAAAAAACGUCAAUCAUAUCGAUUAUCGACAAUAAUUUGUAGGACAAUUAUCAGAAAAUUAUCGGAAAUUGACAAAAAUAGAGUUGUACAUUUAUGAGAAAAAAACUCGUAAUAUUAGGAGAAUGAAGUCGUAAUAGUACGAGAAUAAAGUUGUAAUAGUACGAGAAUAGAGUCGUAACAUUACGAGAAUAAAAUUGUAAACGUACGAGUAUAAAGUCGGAAUAUUACGAGAAUAAAGUCAUAUAAAUUUACGAAAAAGAAAGUCAUAAGAUUACGUGUCAAAGGAAAAUAGAGCAUAGUUCUAUUUUCUUUUGGUCCGGCGACUAACUUCAGGAAGGAAGGAAGGAAACUUUCCUCUUUGCUUCAGGCAAGCUUUUAUGUAUAACAUGGCAGCAAAACAGAGCAGUUGAGCACAAACAUAACGAGCAUGUCUAACCCUUCUCCCGCAUGUGGCGCUCACACUUCUGCCUUUCUUACCCCGCCACAUCCAAAGGUCACACAAGUCCCCCAUUUUCAUAGUUGUCUCAGGCAAUGCCUGUAACAUAUAGUUAGGAGUUGUUUCUCGUAAAUGUACUACUGUAUUCUCAUAGUAUUACAAGUUUUUUCUCGUAAAUGUACGACUUUAUUCUCAUAACAUUACAAGUUUUUUUUCUCAUAAAUUUAUGACUCUAUUCUCCUAAUGAGAUUUUUUGUCGUAAAAUUACGACUUUAUUCUUGUAAAUUUACGACUUUAUUCUCAUAACAUUGCAAGUUUUUUUUUCUCGUGAAUUUAUGACUUUAUUCUCAGAAAUUUAUGACUUCAUUUUCAAAAUCUCAGAUUAGUUUAUUUUUCUCAAUGUGGCCCUAAUACUUUGUCAUAUUUAUGGCUUAAAUUGAUUUGUUGAUUUCCUUUUAUCCAGUGUGGCUCUAGCACUCCUUUAAAUGUUGGAGCUUCUUGUGCUGCUAAAUGCGGACCUUAAUGUGAUCAAGUAAGUAUGUCUUUUUGGCCGAGUGAACACUUAAAAAAAAAAAACAACAACAAACAAACAAACAAAAAAAACUCUGGUUCCUUCGGAGGUACUUAAUGAGGAAUUGCAGUAAACUUGAUGAAAGAACAUUAUUCACAGUUAAAUGGCAUUAUAGCAACUGGGAUGUAAAUGUUGAAAAAACACUUAUGUGUACUGUAUGUAUGAUCUGUUAACAUGCACCUUAAUGCCCAUACUGGUUUCAAAAGUCUUCAUGUCCAAAAAAAAAAAAAAAAAAAGAGUAUUUUUCAGAUAUUUUCACACCACAGUUUCAUUAAGACCAGAAACAAGCAAAAAAAAAUUUUUUUUUGUACAUUAUGUUAGUGUUAUGAAAAUAUAUUUCAAGAAAAUACCUUUUUUAUUUUUCUGUAUCGUGUUAUGUGUCAAUAAUAUACCUAGUCAAUAAAAAUGUACCA